AUGGGGCAGACUUCCCUACCUCCUCAACCCCCCGCACCCUACUAUCCUCUAAAGGAUGAUCCUAAUGAUCCCGGGCCGGGCUGGUGGUUUAAAGGUCUGAGUGGUGAGGAAUGUGAGCGAGUAACGCUAUAUCAGCAUGCCCUGCUUUGCCCCAUUAUCAUUGGUGAUAUACUAUCUGGCCCAGACCUGCUAUCAAAAGACAGCAAGCAAUGCUCUUUCAAGAUCAUCGGGAAACUUGGUUAUGGCUCAUACUCUACUGUUUGGCUUGGCCAGGAUCUAUAUGGCGAGCGCUGUCUUGUUAUAAAGGUGCUCCGAUUCGAAGUGAGCACGUUGGAUAAUUCAGAGAUGAGGAUUUUAAGGAAACUGGGGAAGCUUAGGGUCGCCUUUUUCCAGCAGCACAAUGAUCGAAAGUAUUUAUGUCUUGGAUUGGAUCCCCUUGGACCUUCUCUUCGGAUUCGAAUGGAAACGGAUAUUCAACUUCCCUCAAAUCUCGCCACCAUCUUACAAUCUAUGGAGAUCCUUGCGAAGAAAGUAUCUGCGCUUCAUCAACAAAGGAUAUGCCAUGGAGAUAUCAGCCACUGUAACGUCGCUUUCGACUUGCAUAACGACGCCUUUACCGAUGAGGCUCUUAAAAUAUCUUUCCAAGAUGACACAAGGUUUCGUUUUGUGUUUACAGGCUCGGCUGAAGAGCCUGCACUCCCUCCAGGAUUGCCGAAAUAUAUAAUUUCAAAUGGUUAUACGGCGCUGUUAGGCGAUGGAACAGAUCUGUCGAAAAUUGAGUUACUAGACUUCGGCAAGGCAUUCGAGGGCUUCUCAAAGGAUAAUGCCCUUGGCACAGAGCCAUAUCUUGCACUGGAGAUGCAUGGUGAGACUGGGGGCCAUGCGUCGGAUAAAUCUGAUAUCUGGAGCUUGGGAUGCGUGCUUUGCUAUGCUUUGACGGACUUCUACUUUCUUGAGCGCAAGGAGUUUCAGAUUAAAUAUUCUGGUAUAGCACUCAGUUUAUCCUUAAAUUUCUAA